UGGCUGAGUUUCAUGCGCUGCCACCUCCCCGACUCGACUUUCAAGAAGAUCCUAGCUCGCCUCCACCUCCACAUCCUCCCUCACCUCCACCAGCCCCUCCUGCUGGCAGAUGUGCUUACAGAGUGUUAUUCGCGAGGAGGGAUAAUCUCAGUCCUUGCCCUCCAUGGCAUCUUUCAUCUGAUCCAGAACAACAACUUGGAAUACCCUGAAUUCUACAUCAAGCUGUAUGCUUUGCUCGAACCGUCUAUCUUCUAUGUGAAAUACAGGAAUCUUGAAACAUUGUUGAGAUUGACAGAAGAUUGUCUUAAAACACCUCUUCUUCCUGCCUACGUCAUCGCUGCUUUUGUAAAGAGACUUGCUCGACUUGCAUGUUGGAGUCCGACAACAGGAGCUUCAAUCGCUCUGCCGAUGAUCUACAACUUACUAAGGAAGCACCAGACUUGUCUCUUCCUCGUUCAGAGCGAAGAAGAAAACUCUCCUCCCUCUCCCCACAACUUCACCAACGAUCCUUAUGACGUCCACGAACCUGAUCCCAGCAAAUGCAAAGCGAUGCAGUCUUCGUUGUGGGAAUUGCAGGUGAUAGAGAGG